AGCAUCUCAGUCUUCUGUGCCAAAUUCUGGUGAAUCUAGUAGUUCAAUUCCGCUACAUCCUCAACCGCUUAAUGUGGCCCCCAUCAGCUGGUAUUCAUCGACACCAGAUAUCAAUGCUGGUUCAGUCUCAGUUGAAGCUAUAACUUUGCCGUCGAAGCAUAGCAACUCUCAGCGGCAUGCUGGGGGUCAGCCUGCAGUUUUUUUUUUUUCUGCUUGUCCAGCCAAAGAGGAGUGGGACAAUCUUAUAAAUCAUGCUAACGGCGGGGUUGCCCUUACUGGAUCGGCUUUGUAUGGAAAGGUUGGGCCAUUCAUGGGUUCAGUUGAUAUAGCUGAAUCUGAAGAUGCUUAUGUCUUCCGUGUUUCACUUCCCGAUGUUGCUAGGGAUGAACAUAAGUUCUAC